AUGAUUUUGCUGCUUCUCCUCCAGUAUUUGGCCAUCCCCAACGAGACCAUCGGCCGCUACGCCUACGUGCGGGAGGAGAGCGGCGCCAACCGCUCGGCCCUCAUGCUGUGCCAACAAUAUUACCGCAAGGGCCGCAUCGACCCCGCCAACGACACCUUCAACAUCGACCCCAAGAUCGUCACAGAUUGCUUGGGAGUGGACCCUGAGGACCCCCAACCUCUUCCCCCUGAGCUGGACCGCGGCUACAAGAACUUCACCAUCAAAUUUCACAAGCUCAUCAACGUCACCAUCCAGUUCAAGCUGAAAGCCAUCAACAUCCAAACCAUCAUCAACAACGAGAUCCCCGACUGCUACACCUUCACCAUCACCAUCACGUUUGACAACAAGGCGCACAGCGGCCGGGUGAAAAUCCACCUCGACAACCGGGCGGACAUCAAGGAGUGCAAAGACCCCAGCGUUUUUGGCCGAGGUGACAACUCCUUCCGGUUGUUCUUCGACGUCAUCGUCAUCCUCGUCUGCUCCUUGUCCUUCAUCCUCUGCGCCCGCUCCAUCAUCCGGGGGCUGAUGCUGCAGCACGAGUUCAGCCGCUUCUUCCGGCGCCGCUACAACCAGAGCGUGUGCCUGUCGGACCGCAUGGAGUUCCUCAACGGGUGGUACAUCCUCCUGGUCAUCAGCGACGUCCUCACCGUCCUGGGGACCAUCAUGAAGAUCGGCAUCGAGUCCAAGAAUUUCGCCAGCUACGAUGUCUGCAGCAUCCUCCUGGGCACCUCCACGCUGCUGGUGUGGGUCGGGGUCAUUCGCUACCUCACCUUCUUCCAAAAAUACAACAUCCUCAUCGUCACCCUGCGGGUGGCGCUCCCCAACGUCAUCCGCUUCUGCUGCUGCGUGGCCGUCAUCUAUCUGGGCUACUGCUUCUGCGGGUGGAUCGUGCUGGGCCCCUACCACGUCAAGUUCCGCUCCCUGUCCAUGGUGUCCGAGUGCCUCUUCUCUCUCAUCAACGGGGACGACAUGUUCGUCACCUUCGCUGAGAUGCAGCAGAACAGUUACCUGGUGUGGCUCUUCAGCCAGAUCUACCUCUACACCUUCAUCAGCCUCUUCAUCUACAUGGUCCUCAGCCUCUUCAUCGCCCUCAUCACCGGCUCCUACGAAACCAUCAAGCACCAGUGUGAAGGCGAAGCGCCCGUGUCCCAGCUCCACGCCUACAUCGCCCAGUGCCAGGACAGCCCCAAAUCGGGGAAGUAUCGACGCGACAGCGCCUCCGCCUGCUCCGUCUUCUGCUGCUGCGAGCGGUGA